UGCCGUCUGUUGAAAUGUAGCCGUGCGGCGGCGGGGUGGAAACACAACAGCUGAAAAAAAGUUUGGAGGGCAGCAGGUUGUUGAGCAGCGAGUGUUUCAGACACCAGCCGAGCGGGCUCUUUGCCCCACUUUGGAUUACGAUAUGGACGCUUUGAAAUCCGCUGGAAGAGCGAUAAUCCGGAGCCCGAGCCUGGCCAAACAGUCGUGGGGCUCAAGCAAACAUAAAAAGCUUCCAGAGAACUGGACAGACACAAGGGAAACCCUUCUGGAGGGCAUGGCGUUCCAGUUGAAGUACCUGGGGGUCACUAUGGUCGAGCAGCCCAAAGGGGAGGAGUUAUCUGCAGCUGCCGUCAAGAGGAUUGUCGCCACAGCAAAAGCCAGUGGAAAAAAGCUCCAAAAAGUCACAUUAACAGUCUCCCCACGUGGAAUCAUCCUUUACGACAGUGCCUCCAACCAGCUGAUAGAAAAUGUCUCCAUUUACAGAAUAUCUUACUGCACAGCAGACAAGUUGCACGACAAAGUGUUUGCCUACAUCGUUCAGAGUCAGCACAAUGAGACUCUUGAGUGUCACGCCUUCCUCUGCACAAAGAGAAAAGUGGUGAGUUAAGGUAUUCAUAAACACGUACAAGCGUUGA